AUGCAACAUACGAUAUCGCCCUCAAAAGGCCUCAGCAAGGCUCCCGCCCCGCUGCCCUCUGAUUUCAAGAAAUCAGAGGGCAGCGAGGCGGGAGUCGAGCGGUGGCAGCGGCGGCACGGGAAGCCCCCAAAAGGGGGGAAACCGCGACGUUGGGAACACUGCGAAAUCUUCAAUGGAAUUCGGAUCGGUCCGUUCGACAAUCCUUCUAUAUUCUACAAAAUGGCAUUGAACAUGUCGGAAGUGUUCACAGAAUCCCUGCAAGAGAUAUCGACGGAACAAGAGUGCCUCAGCAGAUACGCCAAUUACUCGUUAAGCGACAAUGCAGUGUUCUGCAAUGCCACAUUCGACAGCUAUCUCUGUUGGCCGCCGACGAGGGUAAACACGGUUAUACACCAGAGCUGUCCCAGAGUACGACUCAGUGAUCCCUCCAAUUUUGCGUACAGAAGAUGCGGUUUCCACGGUCUUUGGCUUGGACGACGAAACAAUGAGAGCAGUGUGAAGGGCUGGACGAACUUCACUCCCUGCUUCCCUACCGAGCUCCAGUCUUUGUUUGAAGAGGUGUUCGACGCUAAGAAUAGUACACAGUCGAAGUACGAUAUUGCCCAAAUUACUAGAUUGAUAGAAUUAAGUGGUUUCUUUGCUUCAGCCCUUGCUUUGAUCAUCUCCUUGGGAAUCUUCUCCAAAUUCAGGGUACUACGGAAUCAGAGGACUUUGAUUCAUAAGUGCAUGUUUUGGACGAUACUCGCCCAAUCUCUGGUACGGAUCUUCAUUUACCUCGAUCAGAUGUACUUCCGAGGUACCCUACAAAGAAACGACGUUGGCAUCGAACACGAGAAUAACAUUUGCAUUAUCUGCUAUUGUGUCUUGGAGUAUAUCAUUACUGCUACUAUCAUUUGGCACUUUAUCGAAGGCGUCUGUCUGUUCGAAUACGUCCACCGGAACGUAAUGCGGCCCAGCUUCUAUUUCCGCCGGUUCUUCCUCUUUGGCUGGGGAAUCCCCGCCCUAAUUACCUUGGCCUGGGCCCUAACCAACUUCAUGUACUAUCGGGCUGAGAAAAUUAAAAUUUGCUGGUAUGGAUACAACUUUCUGCCAACGUACUGGAUUUGCCAAUUACCUCGAUUCAUCAUUAUCGUGAUUAAUUUCUUUUUCCUGAUUGGGGUGAUGAGGACGAUUAUCCAAAAAUUGAACAUUGCCACUAACACCGAAUUGGAACGUUGCAGGCGAACGGUUAAAGCUGCAAUGCUACUGAUACCUCUUCUUGGAAUCCCGAAUAUUCUGAACAUGAUCGACGCCCCGCUGAAUCUCAACAACUGGCAAUUCGCUCUGUGGAUGUACUCGACUCAUUUCCUGAUCUCCUACCAGGGAAUGUUCAUUGCAUGCAUCUACUGUUUUGCUAAUCGUGAGGUACAAGACGUGAUUGCUCGUACUUGGCGUAACGCUAGGGCUCGACCGACGCCCGGGGUCUUCGUCAUACCUACUGGUUCUAGAAAUGCCCGACCUUCUCGAACUGGCCAAGGACAGAAUGGACAAGAUGAGAAUGCUCAGGAGCCUCGAGCUGCUCAAGAUGACCGAAACGAUCUGAAUCCUGAUGAUAAUGAAGCCGAAGAUGCUGGAGGAGCCCCGUAA